AUGGCCCAUUCGAACGCCUUAGUCCGAGCGGCGUUCUUAAUAGCAUUGUCGACGCUCACGUGGCUCGGCGUCGAGGGCAACUUUCUCAAUGAACCCUUUGCUCUAGAGCAGUCGUGUCGAUCCAUUCAAACGAAAAUUCACAUUGGACGUGAAGAGAACGACGACUUCGGCAACCCUUUGAGGAAUUGUGAAGGAACCGUCGAAGUAACGAAAUGCGAAGGCACCUGCAGCUCUCACGUACAACCGAGUCUCUCAGCUCCUCACGGUUUCCACAAGGAAUGCAACUGUUGCAGAGAGUCUCAGAUGGAGCCACGUGUCGUUCUCUUGGAUCAGUGCUACGACGCGAAUGGUGAACGCCUCAUGGGGCCUCUCGGUUCGAUGGAAUUGCAACUUAGAGUGCCUCAGGGUUGCACCUGCCUCCCUUGUUCGUUCUGA